AUGCAGCUUUCCGGAAGGCUAAAAGUGUGGCACCAGUGGCCCUGGGAGCUGUCGGCUUGUCCUUCCAAGGAGCCAGUCUUGUUGCAGAGAACGUCAAGGCCUUGGUUGCAGGCUGCGCAAACCAGCCGUGAUGCACUGUGGGAUCCCAGCUGGGUGGAAACCCAUGGAGAGAGGACGAUUGCCAAGCGCGUGGCCGCCCCGAAGGAUUUGCCAUUGAAGCUUUACACGUCCUGGUUUUGCCCCUUUGCGCAACGAGCGUGGAUUGCUGUGGAAGAAAAGCAACUGGACUACUCCUAUGUUGAGAUCAACCCCUAUGAGGAGGCCGACGACUGCCGCGACGGCAGCGACGCGGCGGGUCGACCGGAUCACUGUGUGCUGAACGCCUUGCAGACGCGUGGGUCUCGCCGAUCGAGCGACCCGGAAGAGGCGGAUCUCGAGGCAGGUCUCGCUUCACUGGGUCCCUUGGACGUCAAGGCUGAGGCGGCUGCGGCAGCCGCAGAUGCCCAGGCAGAGGGUGAGGAUGAACCAGACUUGGAAGGGCGUGGAUGGUGGCCUGGAGGUGAUAAGCUGUGGGGAUCUGGCCAUGGUUUGGAGGAUAUCACCGAGGAGGAUGUGGGCUACUACGAUGCCGGCAUGCGGGCCGCCCAAGGGCGCUGUGGCGACGCCAAUUGUGCGCUGAUCGUCAAUCCGAUGCAUCAUCGGACAGUGGAACAGUUCCACAUUCACUUCUUUCACUACCAGGGCAAGUACGCCACGGACCUGAAAAGCAAGGUGGAAAAGAUGACUUGUGGCAAGAGUGGCUGGCAUCAUGGACACCUCCCCUGCCAUGGCUCUGCCAUGUUUGCUUCAGGCUUUCCGGACGUCUUCAGCCUGGCCAUGGAGAAAGGAAGCAUUGACCAUGCAAGUGUGAUUGUUUGGCCCUCCGCAUGCGGCGGGCAGGGAACCAUUAUUGAGCUGGCCUAUCACUGCAGCAUCGAGCACCAGAUCCGUGGGGACUUCGACCCUCACAAACGAUGA